AAUCAUUUAAUGGGACUUUUGUUGAUGAUAAGUCUAGCUUUUUCACAGAAUUAAUCAUUGUGAGAAUAUAUGUUGAGGGAGGUGAUAGUGGUGAACCUGCAUUUUAUUAUUCAGGUUUGAAUUGGGUGAUUCCAAGUGGUAUAACUAUUGCAGGUGUGAACGGUAAACAUGGCGCUGACAUUCUUAUUCUUGGAGCAUUUUUACCAAUAGCAUUAAUUCUCAGCAAGUUGGAUUUACGGCUUUACUAUUCUGCACCAUAG